AUGGCAGACGCAGUAGUUCAACUCCGAUGUGGCGUCAAGAAUGAUUCAUGGGGAAAGAAAGGCAAAGACUCGGUCGUGGCUCAAUUGUGGUCCAAAACACCUGGAAGCGCGCCGAUAGAUGAUAACCAAACAUACUCGGAGAUGUGGCUGGGAACAUAUCCAUCAAACCAUUCGCUCCUUCUUUCCACCGGCGAACCACUCGGGGAGUACCUGAAAAAGAACCCACAGCUAGUGGGGAAGUCAGUUCUGGACAGAUGGGGACCAGAAAUCCCAUUCUUGCCCAAGAUCUUGUCGUUCUCCAAAGCCCUGCCACUUCAGAUCCAUCCAGACCUGGCACUGGCCAAAAAGCUACACAAAGCGGACCCGAAGAAGUUCGGCGACAUCAUGCACAAGCCAGAGAUAGCCAUUGCGCUGUCCAAGUUCGAGCUCUUUGCGGGCUAG